UCAUUCACCGUUCCAUUUUCCGGUCAUGGCGGCUCCCUACGUGUCACGACUGAUACUGAUCUUGAGCUUCCUAGCUGGCACCUCUGUUUACCAGAACACACUAUCAGCCGCCGCAGACGACCAAGCAUUGUCUUACAUAGAGUUUGGCGAAUCCUCCGGCAGGCUUUCCACCGAAGCUUGUGUCUUUGCCGCCGUGAAAGAAGUCGUGGACGCCGCCAUAGACGCGGAGGCUCGCAUGGGCGCUUCCCUCAUCCGUCUCCAUUUCCACGACUGCUUUGUAGACGGAUGUGACGGUGGGAUCCUGCUGAACGACACCGCAAGCUUCACAGGGGAACAGGGUGCAGCGCCGAACAGUGGCUCAGUGAGAGGGUUCAGUGUGAUCGAGCAAGCCAAACAGAACGCCAAAACUAAGUGCUCCGACACGCCCGUUUCGUGUGCCGAUGUCUUGGCUCUUGCAGCUCGUGAUUCCUAUGCCAAAUUUACAAAUCAAACCUACAACGUAACCUUAGGAAGGCGUGAUGCACGGACGGCGAAUUUAACCGGAGCUAACACCCAACUUCCGGCGCCGUUCGACAACCUCACCGUCCAAAUCCAGAAGUUUGCGGAUAAAAACUUCACCCAGAGAGAAAUGGUGGCCCUGGCCGGAGCACACACGAUUGGAGUUUCCCGGUGUGCGCUUUUGUGCCAGAGCGGUAAUCUCAACCCCAACAGAACCGCCACCCUGCAAUGCAACUGCACCGCCACCGGAACCGCCGUGGUUGGCUUGGACCCCACACCCACAACCUUCGACCAGAGAUACUAUGAGCAGUUAGGCAGAGGUCAAGGGCUUCUGUUUUCCGACUCAGAGCUGAUGCGCAGCAACACAACUGUCUCCGCCGUGACGAGGUACAGGGAUGUCACCGGUGCAUUCCUCGCCGACUUCGCCGCCGCCAUGGUCAAGAUGAGCAACUUGCCGCGCUCCUCCGCCGGGCAGUUCGAAAUUCGCGACGUUUGCAGCCGGGUCAACACAAACUCUGUUGAGUCUAUGUAGAUGCAUGGGUUCAAUCUUUUCACCGUCCGUUUCCUCGUUUUGUCAUUGCUUUCCACUCAAUGUCAGUUUUUAAAUUAGAAUGUGAAAAUAAGGAUUUGGAUGUGGAAAAAUGAUAAAAAAUGCUACUUGUACCUGAUUAAUUACACGCCUGUUUACACGUAAAGUGUAUUUUGUUUGUGUGUUGGCAAUUCAUUUUCACUUUGUCUAAUGAAGGAAAUUAUUUGUGACCCCAGAAAAGUGAAACGAAUUGCAGUCUGCGACUCUGCAAAAGUGAAUUGUUUGUGCACAAACGAUUAGAGGUCACACACAAUUGCCUUCAUUAGCUAAAAUGAAAAUUAAUUGUCUGUGCACAAACAAAAUACACUUGAAGUGUAGACAAGCGUGUAUAAGUAGCAUUUUUUAAAAAUGAUACCCCUCUCCAUUUCAAAGUUUAGACUACAGUAUGAUGCAUGCAGGCGGAGCUCGAGUUCAGCUUAGAUAGAGUCAUACGGUGUAUUUGAUAAAUAAGAGUUGAGUUCGAGUUAAAAUCAGGUUGAAAAAUAUAUUACACUAUUUGAAUUUAAGUUAUGUUCAAGUUUUAUUUUUAUUUUAAUAAUGGUAUAUUUUUAAAUUUUCUAUCAUUUGCAAUGGAGUCAAAGAUUCAUUAUUUUUUGGCUUGAGAAUAUGAUGAAAUAAAGCAAAAUGACUCACUAAAUUGUCUGCGCUUCUUUGUUAUGAAGCAGCAGUCAGUCCAUGUCAUUUUGGAUGCAGUUUUGGAUGCGAUUUUAGAAAUAAAGUAGUUAUCGUUUAGAAAUUAUGUUUCUUUUUACCGAAUACCG